AUGAGUCGAGGAGGCACAGAAAAGGUUCUUGCAAAGCUCCAAAAGUCAGUAGAAGAUGGAAAUUACUAUGAAGCUCAUCAAAUGUACUUGUCCGUCACUCAAAGAUACUUGAAACAGAAUGCACCAAAUGAUGCAGUUGCAUUGCUACAUUCUGGAGCAAAGAAUCUGUUGGUCAAGGGACAAGUCGGUUCAGCAUCCGAAUUGGCUUCGAGAAUGCUGGAAAUAUUUCAAAGUGAAGAGAUGGAAGUCACUGAUGCAACACGAGGCAAGAUAAUUGACCUCGCACAAGAGUUCCCUGCUGAAGAUCCAUUAUUUAAAGAGUUUACGAGAAGCAGUUUGGCAUGGUCGUCGAAAGUUGGAGGUGUCGCUACGGGAGAUCCUCAGCUGCGGCAUGUCUUUGGAACUAAAUAUUACUCAGCAAACGAAUAUUAUGAUGCAGAAACCAACUUUGCAUAUGGCACCUUCGACUCUGCACGACUUAUGGGUGUCAUGAUGUGGGAAUGGAGUCAAGAGAGCGUGUAUUCAGAUCUCGGUUACUUUAUACUACGAGCAGUACUCGAAUACCUGGCAUUGAAAAAAGUCGGCCAUGCAUCUAUCGCUUUGGAAGCCUUCUUGAAAGCAUGGAAAACAUCAAAACCAACAGAGACAACAGUGACAAUCCCACUGAAAACACCAAGUGAAGCAGAUGUAGAAGUUACGAUAUUUAAGUCACCCAUGGCGAAUUUUGGUCAAUUUAUACUACUGGUGGUGUCAAGAAAUGCUGCUGAUCAAUUCAUGUCGUUGAGGAGUCAAUACCGAGCUGUUUGGGAGGUGGAUUCGUAUCUUGUGCAGCUGGUGGAUAUAGUCGCAAACGUCUACUUUGGACUUGGACCGAAAAAACAGACAAAUCCAAUGGAGGAAAUGAUGAAGAGUUUGUUUGCUGGGCCCUCGUCGUCGAGUAGCAAACCAAAGGCCAAACCUGCAGUCAAGGCAGCCGAACUUGACUAG